AUGGGCAUUGACAUGUCCUCUGCUUUCGAUACCAUAAAGAGGUCGGUAUUACUUGACAUUUUAGCUGAUGCUGGUUGUAGUGAGGACGACAUUCGACUGGUAAGGUAUUUGCUCGCAAAUACUAAACUGAAGAUCAAAGUGAACUCAACAAUAUCGGGAGAGUUUAUUGUCACGAUUGGAGCUUUUCAAGGCGACAGUUUGUCUGGAAACUUGUUCACUCUAUAUCUGGCAGCAGCACUUUACCACCUGCGUGCUGUUAUGUCCUAUCUAAGACCUAACCCUCCCAUAGCUGAGAAUCUGUUACCCCUCGAGUGGGAGUACGCAGAUGAUGUUGAUUUUACUGAUGAGGAUAAAAGCAAUUUGGAGUCUUUGUUGCCAAUAUGUAAAGAGAUAUUGGAAGAGUGGAAUCUUUUUGUCAAUGAGUCAAAAACCGAGUUCACCCACUUCUAUCUGGCCAGCAAGAACGAGGUUGAUAACAAAGGAGAGACACUCAGAGGUAGAGAACCUUGGAGGUCAUCUAUCUCUUUAGGCUCUAAGUUGUGUAGCAUCGAAGAUGUCAAGAGACGAUGUAUACUUGCUAACAUUGCUUUUCAGAACUACAAAAAAGUCUGGGAACAAGGUAGACGUAUACCCUUGAAGAUUCGACUCAAGAUAUAUGAAGCACAAGAUGUGUUAGAUCCCAGAGAAGCCGCCAUCUCCUCUACUGCUUUAGCUCAGCGGGAGCAUGAGCCCUGGUUUCCUGCCACAUUUGAUUGGGAACUGGGUUUUACUACCCCAGUUAAUGUUUACUAA